AUGGAUUAUACCCUUGAGCCCAACCUGACGGUGACUUCUGACUACUACUAUCCUGACACCUUCUCGAGCCCCUGCGAUGGGGAACUUAUCCAGAGAGACAGCAAGUUGCUUCUUGCCAUCAUCUACUGCUUCCUGUUUGUAUUUGGCCUUCUGGGAAACAGCCUGGUUAUCCUGGUCCUUGUGGUCUGCAAGAAGCUGAGGAGCAUCACGGACAUAUACCUCUUGAACUUGGCCUUGUCUGACCUGCUUUUUGUCUUUUCCUUCCCCUUUCAGACCCACUAUCAGCUGGAUCAAUGGGUAUUUGGGACCGUCAUGUGCAAGGUGUUCUCUGGUUUUUAUUACAUUGGCUUCUUCAGCAGCAUGUUCUUCAUCACCCUCAUGAGCAUGGACAGGUACCUGGCUAUUGUCCACGCCGUGUAUGCCAUAAAGGUGAGGACGGUCAGGACGGGCACAGUCCUGAGCCUGGCAGUGUGGCUGGUCACCAUGGUUGCCACUGGCCCAUUGCUAGUAUUUUACCAGGUGGCCUCUGAAGAUGGUGUUCUUCAGUGUUAUUCAUUUUACAAUCAACAGACAUUGAAGUGGAAGAUCUUCAUCCACUUUGAAAUAAACAUCUUAGGCUUGUUGAUCCCAUUCGCCAUCCUCCUGUUCUGCUACGCCAGGAUCCUGCACCAGCUAAAGACUUGCCAAAACCACAACAAGACCAAGGCCAUCAAGUUGGUGCUUAUUGUGGUCGUUGCAUCUUUACUCUUCUGGGUCCCAUUCAAUGUGGUCCUCUUCCUCACGUCCCUGCACGACAUGCACGUCUUGGACGGGUGCAUCCUGAACCAGCAGCUGGUUUAUGCCACCCAUGUCACAGAAACCAUUUCCUUCACUCACUGCUGUGUGAACCCUGUUAUCUAUGCUUUCAUGGGUGAGAAGUUCAAGAAAUGCCUCUCAGAAAUAUUUCAGAAAAUUUUCAGCUACAUUUUCCCCUCCAUGGGAAGACAGAUGCCCAGGGAGGGGUGGGAAAGGCGGUCAUCUUCCCACCCUAUGGCCUCCCGCUCCUCCAGCAUAGACUACAUUUUGUAA